AUGUAUAUACAUUUAUUCAAUGUGUGUACUGUAUUUCGCAAACACAUCGAACAAAAAUUUGGUUUGAAAAGGUAUAAAUCAUUUGGUCGUUUUUUAAAGAUCUUUAUGGAACAGGAAGGGCGAACCUAGGGAAGGCUGUCUUACAUUUUAACGUAAUGUUAUUACCCUUUGAAGAUCGACGGCGUUACCUCCGUGGUCACGUGGAGGGACCUCAGACCUUCUCGUCUCAACAGCUGGGUCAUUCUAUAAAUUAGAGGUCCAUUUUUUUCGUGUCCCUGUUACAUUUGACAUGCGAUUCUGUAAGCUCAGAACAUAUUCUAUAAUUUCCAACAGUGGUACAUUAAUGUAACUUAACUGUCAAACAAAUAGAAACAGUUAGUAAUAAGUUUCAGUGAUAUUUCCAUGUCAAAUUACACAGGUCAGGUGUAACAGGGACACAAAAAGUCACACUUUUGGACCCUGAAGUUAUAGGAUGACCCAGCUGUGUCGCCCCACAAUAAAUUUAGAAAUUUGAGAAAGAAAACCAAAUCCCUGUACAUUUUGAAUACCGAAUUAAAAACACCUUCGGAGUGUUCUAAAACUGAUUUUCAUGUGUCGCAUUAAGGAGAUUGGAUGGCAGUACAUUAUUCAUAAACUGUGCUUUUGGUUUGGAUAUUUUGAAGGAAGCAAGAUAAGUCUGGUUAUCACCGAGUCGCACAGCAAACCGGCCAACAUGAAACAGCCACCUGCAACUCCCAAGACUCCAAUCGCUAUAGUCGGCAUUGGAUGCCGGAUGCCAGGUGGAGUAGACUCUCCCCAAUCCUUCUGGGAUGUCUUAAUCAAGCAGAAGGAUAUGGUCAGCGAAGUACCUGCUGACCGCUGGUCUUUGGACUCCUUUCAUGACCCUGACCAGUCCAACCACAGCAAGAUGGUGACACGCCGCGGCGGCUUUGUGCAUGACAUAGACAAGUUCGACAACACCUUCUUCAAGAUUUCGCCCCGAGAGGCAAGCUCCAUGGACCCCCAGCAGCGCCACAUCCUUGAGGUCACUUAUGAGGCUUUCCAGGAUGCUGGUAUCAUCCCGACUGAUCUCGGAGAAUCCUGUGGCGUCUAUAUCGGCGUGGGAAUGAUGGACUAUGCGGUGAUGCUCACAGAAACCUCUCUGAUUGGUCCCUACAUGCACACGGGAACAGCCCACUCUUCUGUAGCCAAUAGGAUCUCCUAUGUGUUUGACCUGCGUGGACCUUCCUUCGCUGUCGAGACAGCAUGUGCUUCAUCCAUAACAGCAAUGCAUUUGGCCUGUGAUGCUAUUUGGAAUGGCGAAUGCACCCAUGCAGUUGCUGGAGGCUGCAAUGCCCUGCUCAUCCCAGAGACCACUGUGGGGUUCAGCGCUCUCGGUGUUCUGUCCGCCGAGGGCAAAUGUUGCCCUUUCUCCGACGGUGUGAAUGGCUACGUCCGUAGUGAGGGCUUUGGUGCAUUCAUUCUAAAAACUCUGGAUGCAGCAGUAGCUGAAAACGAUCACAUCUAUGCCGUUAUCAGUGGUAGCUCCAUUGCAGCCAAUGGCUCCUGCAAGAGUUUGACCAUGCCCUCGGGCCCAGCACAGGAGAUGGUGAUGAGAAAUGCAUAUGAACGUUUUGGCAUUCCUACCUCCUCAGUGCAUUAUGUUGAGGCUCACGGCACAGGAACACCCGUGGGUGAUCCCAUCGAAGCGGAGGCUAUCGGACGUAUCUUCGGUACCCAAGACAAAACCCCUGUCAAAAUCGGAUCGGUGAAGAGCAAUUUUGGGCACAACGAGUGCGCAGCAGGUAUCACUUCCUCCAUCAAAGUAGCUCUGAUGUUGGACAAGAAAACUCUAGCACCAACCAUCAACCACCACAAACCAAAUCCAAAUAUAGACCUCAAAGGUCUUAAUCUCGAAGUACAGACAACGACUGAAUCAAUUAAAGACGACGAAGGUCUGUACACAAUUGGUCUUAACAGUUUUGGAUUCUCUGGAGCAGUAGCCCAUAUGAUCUUCCAAGAGGCACCACAGCGUCAAAAGAAGUCGGAGACUCCCAAAGCUAACUGGAAGUUUGGAGAUGCCGAUCAAGUUGGGAGGCCGAUCAUCCUUCCCCUCUCUGCUAAGUCCAAAGAUGCCCUUAACGACCUGGCACAGAAAUGGCUGGAGUUUGAAUGUGACAAUGAUGCACUCGGUGUUGUUUCUUGGCAAGCAUCACGAAGAGAUCAGCACCCGUACCGCCUGGCUGUCAUUGCUAAUUCGGGAGCUUCCUGCAGACAGAGUCUUGAGAGAUUCCUUCAAGGCGCAGUGUCAGAGAAAGUGAUAUCUGGAACAGCUCCUCAAGCCAAGCCUAAGAUUUGCUUCGUCUUCCCUGGACAAGGACAACAGUGGGUAGACAUGGGCCGUAAACUGUACAGAGCUGACAGUGUAUUCAAGGAGAGUAUUGACAGAUGUGACUCCGUUUACCGGAAGAUAUCAGGGUGGUCUUUGCUUGAGACAUGCAGCUUGUUCAACGGCAACACUAUCGAUCCCAAAACCUCCCCAUACUCAUCCGUUGACGACGCACUUAAUCAAGUAGAAGUCGUUCAGCCAGCCAUCACCUUCAUCCAGGUUGCAUUGCUUCAUCUGUGGAAGCACCUGGGGGUUUAUCCAGAUGUCGUUGUAGGCCACAGUGUUGGGGAAAUAGCAGCAGCUUAUGCCUGUGGAGGACUGACGCUAGAGGAGGCAAUAUCUGUGAUCUACCACCGAAGUCACGAGCAAGCAAAGCAGAAAGGAACUGGGAGGAUGGCAGCACUGAGAGCUACUAAGGAACAAGCUGAAGAAAUAUGCAAAGAACAUGAGCAUCUGUACAUAGCAGCCGUCAACGCACCUGGGUCCAUGACACUUGCAGGGAACACUGACAUCAUAGCAGAAGUGGUUCAGAACAAUCCUGGAAAGGCCAAACAACUGCGAGUCACAUGUGCUUUCCACACUCCUGAGAUGGAUCCAAUCAAGGAGCCAUUCAUGGCAGCCAUGAAAGGCGUAGUCAACAGUGAAAGUGGCAAGCGUGACGUACCCUACUACUCAACUGUCACGGGUGCAUACUACGCUGGAAGUUUUGGCACUGACUACUGGUGGAGCAACAUCAGGAGUGCUGUGCUCUUCCAGCCUGCUAUCGAGGCUGUUCUGCAGGAGACCAAGGCAGACAUCUUCCUGGAGAUUGCAGCUUCCAACACUCUUCUGACACCCAUCAAGCAGAUUGCUCAUGCCCUCGACCCAAAGAAUCCACCUGUCAUCAUCAAUUCCAGUCUCCGAGACAAGGACGAUCUACUGAACAUGCAGCGAGCAGUUGCAUCUAUAUACGUGAAUGGUAGCCAUCUUGACUGGUGCAAGAUAACAGACAAUGCAGCAGAGUGGGCUCCAGUUCCAACUUAUCCCUGGCAACACCAGUCCUUUUGGCUAGAAACAGACCAGAGGCAAAAACGUCGCCUUGGUUUGGAUGAUCGUACCAUCAAAGGCCAGAACGGCAAAUUCACACUGGAUAUGUUCCCCUUCCUGGCUGACCAUGUAGUUGGGAACCGCAUUGUCUUUCCAGGUGCCGGCUAUGUCGAGUUCAUGAUUCAAAUGGGAUUUUCCCAGACAGAGCAACCAGCUUUUAAGAACAUAAACUUUACACGUGUCCUCCCUUGGCCUGAGGACACUGACCCCAAAAAGUGUACCCUCAAACUUGGGCUGGUGAAAGAUGGAGCAAAAAUGCACGUUACCUGUGAGGGAAAUCAGCACAGCGAUGCCCAGAUGGAGUCUUUGUCAAGUAAGACUUCGGAAACCUGCCUCCCACUGAGGGAAAUCCAAGCCAGAUGUACCACUGAGGUCGGCAGUGAACUGUUCUACUCAAGGUUGGCAGCCGUUGGACUCAAAUAUGGCCCUGCAUUCCAGCCAGUGGAGAAGAUGUUUCUCGGAGAUGGUGAGGCAUUAGCCAUCUUGAAUCCGGUGGCAGACAACAAACAAAGGAUCCAAAUUGCUCACUUUGACGCCACUUUCCAACUUGUCCUUUCCGCUGUGGGCCCAUUCAGUGCUAUGUAUCUUCCAGUACGGAUCGACUCCUUACAGAUGACAACUGAGACUAUCCCAUCUGGUGAAAAGAUUCUCGCCUACACCAAGAUCCAUGAGUACGACAGCACUUAUAUCGGAGCAGAUAUUGCCAUGCUCACGCUUGAUGGACAACUGUUGGUCGACGUGAAAGGUUUCCUGGCCCAGAACUUCAGUGGCAACAAAUCAGAUGUUCCUAUCGAGUCAUGUGUUUACACGACUCAAUGGCAGCCUGCCUCAGCACACACACUGCCAACAUCGGUACUUUCUGAGGCCAUGGAGGAAUCAAACCUGCAGAAAAUCUGCCCUGAUGAGAUGGACGGUCUCCUGAGGGCUACAGAAGUCCUUAAGGAUCUUGAAGGAGUGUGUGUAUCUUACGUCCAAAAUGCCCUGGCUAAAGUUCCAUCUCGGGAGAUAGAUGAAAAUGUCGCCAAAUACAUCACAAGAAUCAAGUCCAUUCUGGCAAACACUAAGACGAAGCCCGUCCCCUACCGCGACAUUCCAGAGGUCCUCAGAAACGUCCUCAACAUGGCACCAGAGCUGAAUGCUGAGGUUAAUUUGGUGAAGCGUUUUGGAGACACGUUGCCCGACACACUAAAAGAUCCACAAGUAGGACUGUCUGUCUUGUACCCAGAAGAAGCAUUAGACAAGUACUUUCACGAGUCACUUAGCGCCACACUGUACUACAAGGCCACAUCCCAAGCUGUUGUCAAAUCCAUACGUGAGGCUGUCAAACACAAGACAGUUGUAAGGGUGCUUGAGUUAGGGGGUCAAAGUGGAAGCCUGACACGGAUGAUUGUUGAACCUCUGAAGGACAUGGGUCUCACCGAGCAGCUGGAGUAUGUCUUCACAGAUGGCAACAAGAAAUUGCUUCAGCAGGUUCAGGACAAUCUGAGUGAGUUCUCCUUCAUAGAGUAUAAGCAGUUGGACAUCAAGAAGAAUGCUAAAGAGCAAGACUUUGUUGCCAAUAGCUUUGACCUUGCCAUUUGUGUCAAUGCAUUGCAUGCUACCAACAAUAUUCAUCAGAGUGCUUCAAACGUAAGAAACCUUGUAAGUCCAGAUGGCUUGAUGUUCAUCCUUGAGAACACCAGCAUGCACAUCUUGGCUGAUUUCUUCUCUUUGGCUGCUGAGGAAGCGCAUCUCCUCUCAAGACAAGGCUGGGUUGAUACCCUAGUUAGUGUUGGGCUUCAGGAUGUUAAAUCUGCUUCUACCUCACAAGAGUUCUUCUACAGUGUGUUUGUAGGUCGCAAGCCAGCAGUGUCUCCUCAAGUGAAAAAAGCUGACAACAAACUCCUCAUUAUUCAAAAUGACAAUAGUCAGUUCACAAAAAAGUUUCUCCAAAGUUACAAAGGAAAGCCAGAGAUUUGCAAGUUCUCUACGGUCACAUCUUUCAGUCAUGUCAUUAGUGAGCAUACAACAGCUCCAGCCGAGGUGAUGUACAUCUACAGUGAUGAGGAUUCCAAGCUUUAUGCUCUCCUGAGACUCUUCCAGGCAGUGGAGUCAUACCCUGAGGCUGUCAAGCGUGUCUGGGUUCUAACAACAGGUGGCAACAAUGGCUCACAAAAUCCACAGGCCUCCUUAGCUGUUGGUCUAGCUAGGGCUGUCAGCAAUCAGGUUCCAACGGUUCCAAUAUUCGCCAUUGAUUUUGACCCCUCUUCUACAGUUGAUGAGAAUGUACAUGAGUUGCUGAGCUUGAUGAAUGACGAUGAACCCGGUGAGCAAGAGAUUAUCAUCAGGGGAGGGGAAAAACAUGUGCCUCGUCUUAUCCAUCAAGAUCUUCAUCAAGUCAGCAAAGUACAGUCUAAGACGUGGCGUGUGGAGCAAGAUCUCAAAGGUCCAAGGAGCAACAAUGCCUCCAUUGAUGAUCUUGCUUUCCAUGAUGUUCCUGAUCUAGAAAUUCCUUCAGGUCAUGUCAAGAUUGCUGUUAAGGCAGCUCCGCUAAAUUUCAAAGAUGUGAUGAUGGCACUUGGUCUCCUUGAGGGACUAGAAAGUGAUGUGCAUCCAUCCUUUGGUCUGGAGUGUGCUGGCAAGGUCGUUGAGGUCGGAAGUGAGGUGACUGACCUGAAAGUCAAUGAUAAUGUCAUGGCUUUUGGAAAGAACUGUUUUGCAUCUCAUACAGUCUGUGAUUCCCGACUGACUGUCCACAAGCCAGAGAAUUUAAGCUGGGUGGACAGUUCGAGUGUUGGAGUCAUUUUUGCAACAGCAUACCUUAGUUUGGUAGAUCGAGCCAACUUGAAGAAGGGUGAGACAGUCUUGAUCCAUUCAGCCUGUGGUGGUGUUGGCCUGGCAGCAAUUCAGAUUGCCCGCAUGAGAGGAGCUACGAUUAUCUGCACAGCGGGUACUGAAACGAAACGGUCCUACCUUCGUAACGAACUUGGCAUGCACUUCGUCAGUGACUCUCGCUCCUCAAAAUUCUAUGAUGAUGUCAUGGAGUGGACAGAUGGCAAGGGAGUGAAUGUUGUCCUUAAUUCUCUGUCAGGAAAGCUGUUACAGACGGGUCUUUCACUACUGAGUCCUGGAGGCAGAUUCUGCGAAAUUGGAAAAAGGGACAUCCUACAGAGCUCUAGUCUUCCCAUGAAUUUCUUCCUGGAAAACAAGGUAUUCCACUCCUGUCAGCUUGACAUCUUGAUGAAACAGCGUCCAGAAGAGGUUCAGUGUGUCAUGAGAAAGGUUGUCUCACUGUUUGAAGAUAAAACUCUGCAACCCAUUCCAACUAGCGUGUACUCUAUCGAAAACCUGAAGGAAACCUUCCGGGUCAUGUCCAAAGGAUCUCACAUCGGCAAAAUUGUCUUUGAGGUGCCUGAAAAUUUCCAGCCAAAGGAUGUACAACCUUCUCUCUGCCAGUUCAAGUCAAACGCAACUUACAUUGUCACUGGAGGGUAUGGAGGAAUUGGACAAGCCCUCUCCAGGUGGCUGUGUCUGAAUGGAGCAAAGCAUAUUGCCCUCGUAUCUAGAAGAGGAGCAACGACAGCAGCGGCAAAGCGGACACUGAACUUCCUGAAGAAAAACAAAGUCAAUAUCUAUGAGUUUCCUCUGGACAUCUCAAACAAAGCCGGUGUACAGGAUCUACUGAGAACACUACGACAAAAUAAGACAACUCCACCAGUUAAGGGAAUCUUUCAUCUUGCUGGAGUCAUUGAUGAAGAGAGCCUCUCUGAGGUAACUCCAAACCAGAUGGAUCGUAUCCUUGGAGCCAAGGCCCUUGGAGCUCAACACUUGAGCGAGCUGACUCAAGAUGACAACCUGGAAAUCUUCUUCAUGCUGUCCUCAAUCUCCACAACCUGGGGCCACCAAGCACAGCCCUGCUACUGUGCAGCUAACGCCUACCUUGAUGCUCUGGCUGAGAGCAGACACAGCAGAGGACUGCCAGCUCUCUCCGUGCAGCUGGCACCAGUCAAAGGAGCUGGGUACCUGGAGGACAAGGGACAAACAGUGAAAGUCCUGGCCAUGAAGGGAUGCUACCAACUACAUGUGGAUGAAUUCCUGCAGGUGCUUAGUCAGCUGCUGCCAAGGCGAGAUCUCCCAGUUGUAACAUUUGCAAAUCAGGACUGGGGAAUAACACAGACCACCUGCCACAAGUCCACGUUGAAAUUCCAUCACCUGGCAACAAGGAGCAAAGGCACAGCAACCAAGGGAGAAACCCAGCAAAUGGAACUAGCUGACUUGGAAACCAGCAUCAAAUCCAAGAUGGCCGAGCUCCUGUGUAUGUCAGAGGAAGCCAUCGACAUCAGCCAGCCCAUGGUUAACUAUGGAGUGGACUCCUUGGUCGCCUUGGAGAUUGCCAACUGGGCAACGCAUCAACUUGGAGUAGAGAUCUCCCAGCUGGACAUCCUGGGUGGCAUGACGACAGUGGAGCUGAUUGAUAAGGCCACUGAAGCUAACUAGGUAUUCUAUCACACAGACACUUGACUGCUGAUUCUGAACGAGGCCACAAAUCUUUAACUGUAUUUAUCAAGUUAUGAAUUGUGCAUCAAAAUUUAUCAAACUUCAACUACUGAAAAAAAAGACUUUUUUUUUUACGGGCCAAAAUGUCCUACAUGAUACAUUAACCCUGACCCCCUACGGCAUUUUUGCUAGCUACCCUCCUCAAUCCUCCAGAAACCUCCAAAUGGGGGGGGUGAAAAAAAUGGAUUGUCCC